AUGGCCGCCUCCGCCGAGAGCACGCUGGACAGCAUCGAGCGCCGGCGCGCGCAGCUGCAGGAGAGCGUCGACAAGCUGCAGCGCGCCCUCGCCCACUGGACUACGUGGGAGGCCGAGUACGCGCUGUUCAAAGAGGAGCUGGAGCGCGCCGCGGACCCGUCGCCCGCACACAUGCGCGCCAUGGCGCAGGACCUCGAUGCGUCGCUGCUGACGGACAGGGAAGUCGGCGACCUCCUGGGCCAUGGCCGCGCUGCUGACCAAGUCGCUGCCCUCGUGCAGCGCCGCAUCGACUACGUACAGCUGAACAGCGCCGCCGUCGAGAAGCAGCUCGAUGCCGCCGAGAAGCAGCUCGCGGGCGUCGACGUCCUGCUGGAUCCCGGCGUCGACAACGAGGAGGGCCUGCCGAUGAUGGACAUUGAGGAGGAGCUCGACGAGGCGGGGAACGCCGUCUCUGCCUCGGUCAACCAGACGGGCGCGGGCGCCGCCGAGGUCGUCGAGGCCCUGCGCAGGGCGGGCCUGCAGCGGGCGGACCUCGACAAGAUGAUGCAGGGUGCUGGAUCCGCCACUGAGGCUGCCGCGCCAGCGCGAGCGGCACUCGAAAAGGACGGCUACAACGAAGACCUCGACGCCCUAAACUUCACGCGCGGCACAAAGGUCAUUGAGCUCGAUCAAGACGACAACAUGGUCGCCGCGUAUCCCAUCAUCCCGCAGGGCGAGUCGCCCGAGGACGCCGAGCUGCGCCGCCAAAUGCUGCAGUACGGCCUGUCUGAGGUCGGGCAAGUGGUUGCGGAGCUCGAGCUCGACCAUCCCACCGCCGAGUACUCGGACCUCGACGACGACGACGACGACGACGACUACGAUGAAGACGACGACGACGACGACGAAGACGAGGACGAGCACGGGCGCAGCACCGCGCCAGGCGUCACCGACGACUACCGGCAGCAGAUGCUGGAGCUCGAGCGCAAGCUCAACGCCCGCAUGCUCGAGAACAUCGGGCCCCAGGCCGACGACGAUCAGACCGUCGAGCAGGCCGAGAGCGUCCGGCUGCUGAAGGUUCAAAAAGACGACAAGUUUGACGAGACCAUCGGCGCCGUGAAGCCAGGGCCAUCCCCGCAGCCCGGGAGGAAGGGCGUCCGCUUCGCAGACGAGCUCGACAUCUCCGAGCCGCCCCCGGUCCGCGCUCCAGAGUCCGCUUCUCCACUCACGCCAGCGGCGACCAUGUCCGACACCAUUGUCGAACGCGCCGCCGCCCCGCCCUUUGCAGCCGCCGCCGCCCCCUCGCAGCCUGCGAAACAAUCGCGCUUCAAGAGCGCCCGCUCCCACGGGCCCCCCGCCCCGCUCCCCAACCCCGCCGUCUUCACGCCACAGCCCACGCCCACCGGCCCCGCCAACCGCACGCUCGCCAGCACCAUUGUCGAGCGCCCGCGCCCCUCGGACGCCGCGCCGUCUGCGCCCGACGAAUUCGAUCCCGCGCUGCUGAGCCGCGAAAUCGCCCUCGAGUACCACAAGGCGCGCAACAAGUUCAUCCAGCAGCGGGGCGGCUUCGAGCCAGACGAGCGUGAUCGCGCGAGUCCCAUUGUCGAGCAGCGCGGCGGCAAGACGAAAAAGGUCAGCCGCUUCAUGGCGGCCAAGCUGGCCGCCGAGGGGCUGUAG